ACGAAAGUGCUUACGUCAGCACAACGGUAAGCUACCAGUACCAGCUAGCUCCCUACAGUGGAGCAAGUUGGCAACUCAUCCCUGCUUUCUCUCUCUAUAAAUACACUUCUCUUUCUCUCUCUAGCCCCUACACACGCACACACAGAACACAGAAAGCAACAACAGAGAGAGAUGGCUACAGUGAGAAGAAUUAAGCUGGGUACACAAGGUCUAGAGGUAUCAGCUCAGGGACUGGGCUGUAUGGGCAUGUCCGCCGCCUACGGUCCUCCGAAGCCCGACCAGGACAUGAUCGCCCUCAUCCACCACGCCGUUAACGCCGGCGUCACCCACCUCGACACCUCAGACCUCUACGGCCCUCACACCAACGAAAUUCUCAUCGGCAAGGCAUUGAAGGGAGGGAUGAGAGAGAAAGUGGAAUUGGCCACCAAGUUCGGCAUCAGAUUUGUGGAUGGGAAUACCUUAAUCAAUGGCGAUCCGGCCUAUGUGAGAGCUGCUUGUGAAGCCAGUUUGAAGAGGCUCGACAUCGAUUGCAUCGAUCUCUAUUACCAGCAUCGCAUCGACACUCGAAUCCCUAUCGAAGUCACGAUGGGAGAACUCAAGAAACUAGUUGAAGAGGGUAAAAUAAAAUAUAUAGGUCUAUCCGAGGCCUCAGCUUCAAUGAUCAGAAGGGCGCAUGCUGUUCAUCCGAUAACAGCUGUGCAGCUGGAGUGGUCUCUGUGGGCAAGAGAUGUAGAGGAAGAAAUAAUUCCUACUUGCAGGGAACUUGGCAUUGGGAUUGUUGCAUACAGUCCUCUAGGACGGGGAUUCUUUUCAUCUGGUCCAAAGUUGGUGGAGAACUUAUCGAACGGUGACUUCCGAAAGUAUAACCCGAGGUUCCAAGGUGAGAAUCUUGAACAUAACAAAAAUCUAUUUGAGCGGGUUAGUGAAAUGGCAGCAAGGAAGCAAUGCACCACAUCCCAGCUAGCAUUGGCCUGGGUCCAUCACCAAGGAAACGACGUUUGUCCGAUACCGGGUACUACCAAGAUUGAGAACCUCAAGCAGAACAUCGGGGCAUUGUCGGUAAAACUAACACCCGAAGAAAUGGCAGAACUCGCAGCCAUUGCUUCAGCUGAUGCAGUUAAGGGCGAGAGAUAUGGGCCGUCGAUGACUACUUGGGAAAACUCACACUCCGCCCUUGUCCUCGUGGAAAGCUUAAUAAAAGACAUGCCUGCAACUGUGUGCAAAUACUGUGUGGUCUGCUUUUGGGAGUGUAUCAAAACUGUGUUUGGUUCCUGCAUUUUGCCUCGUGUGCAUAUUCUGUUAAAGCUGUUAAUGUAUCAUUCUGAUUUUCUGAAGAUCAGAUUGGUAUAAUGUUCGGUUCAUGCUUGGAUUUUGUCAGCCGGAGAGAAAUUCGAGUCUAGAGAAGUAGAAGAGUAUGGCAUGUAAUAAUAAUAUCAUGCAUACAUGAUUGCAAAGUUUCUGGAGGCGAAAGUUGCUUAAUCUUGAGAUGUAAUGGCUUGUAUACAGGUAUGGAAUAAAAAAUAAAUAAAAUUCUUGAUUUUUCCAAGAUA